AUGGCUCUAAGCUUUCAGGAGGCUGAGGGCUGCGCAUUGAUCUGGAAAUUCAUCGAUGGCGUCCAGCAAACCUACCAAAGCGUCAUGGGCGCUCCGGACGACGGACUAUCUGAUGACUUGGCCAUUGAUAUGCCCGCCUCCAUCCAGCUACCGCCGGCCGACAUACGGACUUUGCAUGAACUAGAAAUGACCAUCCGAAACCUGUCCCAAUCGCCCGCCGGCCGCGAUGCCCUGGCCAAGACAAUCAUGAACGAAGACUACAUCAGCAAGUUGAUCCCGCUAGUAGACAUUGCCGAAGACCUCGAGAGCCUGCAAGAUCUUCAUCGGCUAUGCAACAUAAUGAAGACGAUCCUCUUGCUCAACGACACCGCCAUAAUUGAACAUGCUGUGUCCGAUGAGUGCGUCUACGGGGUUGUCGGGGCGCUGGAAUAUGACCCGGAUUUUCCGAGUCACAAGGCAAACCAUCGGCAAUGGCUGAAAAACCAGGGGCGGUACAAGGAGGUUGUCCGGAUCCAGGAUGAUCAGGUCCGCCGCAAGAUUCACCAGACGUACCGAUUGCAAUAUCUCAAAGACGUGGUGCUGGCGCGCAUCCUUGAUGACCCCACAUUCUCUGUCCUCAAUUCGCUCAUCUUCUUCAACCAGGUGGAUAUUGUGCAACACCUGCAUAACACGCCGGGUUUCCUGAAGGACCUUUUUGCCAUCUUUCAUGACCCGAACGAGCAGCCGUUGCGGAAGAAGGAGGCCGUCCUCUUCAUUCAGCAAUGCUGUGCCAUCGCAAAGAACCUUCAGCCACCAGCUCGCCAGGCUUUAUACACACACUUCCUCAGCCAGGGCCUUCUCCCUGUCAUCAAUUUUGGCCUGCGGCAUCUCGAUGUCUCUGUUCGGGUUGGCGCAACCGACAUUUUGGUAUCCAUGAUCGACCACGAUCCAUCCCUAGUUCGGUUGACAAUUUACGAGCAAAUCCAGCGGCACUCAUUGCCGCUCACCGACACUCUGAUUGAUCUUCUCCUUGUCGAGGUUGACUUGGGCAUCAAAUCUCAGAUAUCAGACGCCCUCAAAGUCCUUCUCGACCCGACACCACCUGGGGCCCCGCCGCAGGAAGCGCGAGAGUUCAUGGUUGGCCAGGCCAGGCUGAGGGCUCAGCAGGGGAUUGAACCGCAGCAAGACUUGUUUCUAACGCAUUUCUACGAGCAUUCGGCCAGGAGACUCUUCAAGCCCCUUCUCGAUCUUGAGAAACGCACCGAAAUGAAGUUCAGCCCUCUAGAAGAUGGCAUAUUCAGUUAUCUGAACGACAUUCUCUGCUUCUAUAUCCGCCAGCAUCAGCAUCGCAGCAAAUUCUUUGUCUUGACGAACAACCUAGCGCAGCGUUUUGUCCAGUUGUUGGCCUGCAAGGAGAAGCAUCUACAGCUCGUCGCAAUCCGCUUUUUCCGCCAACUCGUAGUCCUGCAAGACGAGUUUUACUACAAGCACAUGGCCGACCAGAAGGUUCUCGGCCCCAUUCUCGACGUAUUACUGCGUACCAUGCCGCGGGAUAAUCUUCUUUGCUCCGCCUGCCUUGAGCUUUUCAUGCUCAUAAAUAAGGAAAAUGUCAAGGAGCUGAUCAAGCAUAUGGUGGAGAACUACCGCGAGAAGAUCAUGGCCCUCUCGUAUAUGGACACCUUCAACGAGAUACUCAACCGUUACGACCAAACGCAAGGCUUCACCGCCUCUGUGGACCCUUACUUUGAGAGUGAGGACGAGCUCGGCAGGAGACCGAUGCAUGGCAACGCGGUUGGGUUGAGGGGCGAACAACUUGCGAUCGACCAGGCUCAGGAGGAGUACUUGAACACCUCUGACGACGAUGAGGACGAGAAUAUUGCUACGGCUAAUCGCGGAAUGGGCGUUUUGAAUCACAGCCUGGCAACCAACGGCGGCAGUGCGGCGUCUAAACCACUUGUUGAGUACAACUCGGAUGAUGACGAAGAACUAGAUGAAGAGGCAAGCAAUGGCCUCGUGGAAGCGGACACGGUCAUGACACCUGCAGACACCGCUUCGCGGUUAAGUAACGGUGAUAGCGAAUCCGAUUCCGCUAAGGAGAACAAAGCUCCCUCAACUCCAACCACAAUCACCUCCGCGGCGGCGGCAGCGGCCGCAGCCGCCGCCGCCGCCGCUACCGUUACACCACCCGAACGGCUAGCCGAGAAGCGACGCAGGGAGGAAGACGAGGACGACGACGCGCUCAACAAGCUAACACAGCACAAGCGUAGGAACAGCUCGGGCAGUGUGGGCAGUGUUGGGAGCAAUAAGUCGACCAGCAGCAGUAAUGCCAAUACCGGCAGCAGUCCUAGGAAGUUGAAGCUGGCCGGCUAUACUGCGGACGAGACUCGCGCAAGGGGCGGGGGCCGUAGCAGCAGGACGGCAAGUCCGAACGGUACUAAUAAUACCGCGCUCGGACAAGGUCAGCGACACGGACACCCGAAAAAGAUUGCCAUUAGCAUCGCGCCUUCGGUCAAGACUGCUGCCACGACCGGCGGAAAGGGCAGCCAGCUGGGUGGCCAGACGCAGGGGCAGACAACACAAGCCAAGGCGCAGACGCAGGCGCAGACGCAAGCUGAUGGUGGAGGCGGGGGUGGAGGAGGUGGAGGAGGGGAGCAGUAA